CGGCGGCGGCGGCAGGAGUUGUUCACGGAGCAGAAGAGAAGGAAGCUGCUGCCCGAGGCCCUGCUGCAGGAGCUGGCCGCCGCGCCGCUUGCACGAGCAGAAGAGCCGAGCCCCGCACCUGCACCAGAUAAACGUCCUGAAAGGGGUUCUGCAAAACAGAGGAAAGACCGCAUCCCAGGACAGGUCAAGAAAGACAAAGCAGGAGGCACCAGGUCAAAAGGAAACUAUAUUGCUGUGCACUUGAAAGAUGGGAACUUAACAGGCCUCCACCAACAAACAGCAAAAGACUUCAUACGCGAUCAGCUCUAUGGCCCAGGCACCAACCGAACGAGCGCAAAUGAAUUCUUUUCCACUGCGAACAAGAAAGACCCAAUUAAAAAAGCUGCAGUUCAGUUUGUGGACAAAUCUUGGGGACUGGAAAAAAAGCAAAGAGCAGCAAAGUUCACAAAAUCCUGGGUCGCAAGAAAGAUGACAAGUACACUUUGAAGACAGCUUUUUGAGAAGAUGCCAUCAACGGACACGUACUGAGAGUUAAUUUCUCAUCACCUACACGUAACAGGUGAACAGGUGUCAUAUACCCUCCACCUCCUUCUCCAUCAUUACUCCUCUCUUUCAGCUUCAGGCAAUGGACAGUUUCACAAAGUGGUCCUGGUUGCCCUCUGCAUUCUUACCUCCCCCUGGCAGAAGUUGCUAGGGAAGCUGACACACUGCUGGGUCACAGUCAUGAUGGCAUAUCCCUCAGGGGCUCUUAUAAGCUCAUCUCACAGAGCUGGGGUUUGUUCCACGAGGCACCUCGACUGCAAAGAAUAAAGAUGAAUGGUUUCAUACUUA